AUGGCUCAAGAUUUAGCAGGUCUUUCUUCUGAUUAUCAGUUUUGGAUGCAGAAAAUUUCCUUAUGGGACCAGGCUUCCACUUUGGAAACCCAGCAAGACAUCUGUCUUCAUCUGUCUAAGUUCCAAGAGUUCCUGAAGCAGAUGUUUGAAGCCUUGAAAGAUAUGGAUUCAAAUACAAUCAUUGGAAAAUUCCCCACAAUUGGUCACCUAUUGGCAAAAAUUUGCUGGAAUCCUUUUAUCUUAGCACAUGAUGAAAGCCAGAAUAUUCUAAUAUGGUGUUUAUGGUUUCUGAUUAACAAAGAACCACAGAAUUCUGCAGAAUUGAAACUUAGCUCUGGGACACAGGGUUUGUUAGCACAUGUGCUUUCAACAUCCAGAUUUGAUAUAAAAGAAGCUGGUGUUUUUACUCAAAGUCUUGGCUACACACCUGCAGAUUACUACCCUGGCUUGCUUAAAAAUAUGGUUUUAUCAUUAGUGUCUGAACUCAAAGACAAUCAUCUUAAUGGAUUUAACACUCAAAAGCGAAUGAUUCCUGAGCAAGUAAGGUCCUUGUCCCAAGUUUGUAUCCCACUUAUUACUCUGCCAGAUUUUGAACCACUGGUGGAGGCACUUCUUACUUGCCAUGGACAUGAAUCUCAGGAAAUGCUGUGCCCUGAGUUCUUUGAUGCUGUGACUGAAGCCUUACUGUGGAAGAAGAUUUCACUUCCCCCAUCAGCUGUCCUCUGCCUCUGGCUUCGGCACCUUCCAAGCCUUGAAAAAGCAAUACUGCAUCUUUUUGAAAAGCUAUUCUCUGAUGAGAGAAAUGUUCUGAGAAGGAUCGAAUGCUUUGUGAAAGAAUCAUUGCUGCCUGAAGCAGCCUGCCACCCUGCCAUAUUCAGAAUUAUUGAUGAAAUGUUCAGGUCUGUCCUCUUGGAAACUGAUGGUGCUUCGGCAGUUCUAGCCACUAUUCAGGUGUUCACGUGGUGCUUUGUAGAAGCCCUGGAAAAAGAAAACCAGCAGCUUAAGUUUGCACUCAGGACAUACUUUCCUUAUGCUUCUCCAUCUCUUGUCAUGAUGUUAUUCCAGUAUCCAAAAGAUACUCCACAGGUACUGUGGCUUCAGCCGCUGAAACACAUUUCUGAAAUGCUCCGAGAAAUAGUUGAAGAACAGACUCCUGGGUCCUUUGGAGGCCCCUUUGAGAACUGGUUUUUGUUCAUUCACUUUGGAGGAUGGGCUGAUAUCACAGCUGAGCAGUUGGUGAUGUCAGAAGCUGAAGCCCCUGAGGCCCUGCUGUGGCUCUUGGCCUUCAAUUACAGCCCAUGUGAUGGGAGUCAGCAGCGAGCACAGACCAUGAUGGAAGUGAAAGCAGUCCUCAGCCGUCUCAUGAAGCUGCUCAAAAGUCCUGUCCUCUCAGUCAGUGAGGUACAGGCAGCAGCUGAAGAGAGCAGAGGUGGAGUCCCCAGACUGCCUGCAUGUCAACAACUGAUUCGGCACCUCCUCCUGAACUUCUUGCUCUGGGCCCCUGGAGGCCGCUUGAUUGCCCAGGAAGUCGUCACCCUCAUGGCUCAAUCCAAUGCAAUAACCUGUGAGAUUAUUGGCUUUCUCGAACAGGCCUUAUACAGAUGGGAUCAUCUUUCUGUGGAAGCACCUGAAUCAAGAAAACUGGCCAAAGAGCUCCUUUCAGCACUGCGUGGGGAAGUCUCAGGAGUGUGUAGCUGCCAUGCAGAGGAAAGGCUCACUAAGUCCACAAGACAAAAGAAUCAGAUGGCUUCUGAUGGACACAUGUCAGUGGAAUGAGAACCCCUCAGAUUUCUGAGAAUAAAUCAGUGAUCUCUUAGGAAGACUUGGCAGUAAGUUUUUAUAGUGUGAGGAGAUACUUUAGCCCUAACUCAGAUUUCUUCCUUAAUGACAUAAUUAUUCCUUCAAAGCCCCUGCACCUACUCAGCCUAAUUAGAGAAUCACAAGAGAAAAAGCUUGGCUGAAAGAGCAGACUUUUAUUUCCCUUUUUCCCCCAUAUCAAAUCAAGAUGCCCAAUUACUAUUUGAAUGUUUCAAAGCCUUUGGACCAAGAAGACAUUUAGAAAGUGAUCAAUUUAGAAAGCAACUUAGCCAUUUUCCACAGAUUUCUUUAGAAAUCAGGUAAUUGUCUAUUCCUUUUAACUACAGAGAUUUGAGGUAAAGCCAUACUUUCCCUUGCCUCUCUAUGAAAUUCUUCACCAGGAGAGUCAGGAUCCCUCAAGUGCCCCUUAAGCACUCUUCUGAGCAGCCGAAGGGAAACCGCCCAGUCACAACAUCAGGCACAUCCACUAGCCCUUCUGUGGAGAGCAACACUGAUUAGCACUGACAUUUCAAGCCAGUCCUGGCACUCAUUUUGCUUUGUAUUUGUUGAACACUGUUACCAAAUAAACUUAUGUUACUUCAAGAUGGCUGACAAGAGCAGGGAUUGGACAUGUUUUGGAAACAUUACAAGGGAUUAUUUAUCAGUUAUCUCAUAAACUGAAAAGAGA